CAGUUGUCCCACGUUGGCAACAAAUCAAACUAAACCUACUAUCUACUAACCUCUAACCUACUAACAACCGUGUUGGUUAAAGAGUACUAACUAGUUCAUUCACUGUGUAAAUGAAAUGCACUCCACGGCUACAAGCUAGGUAACGCUAUACACGAGUCAUUAACUUAAUCAUGCAAGCCCGGGUAACGAAACAAUUGAGACCCAUUCCCUUUCGACUACAAUACCUCUGCUGUUAAGACCGUUUAAGAAAUGUUGCAACAGGCUACAGUCUGAAUCACGGAUAUAACUCUAUGACAUAAGUUACAAUCAGGGGGUAAAUUGGGGUUUGAUUUAUCGGGGGGCUCUGUGGUUUCUGGGUUUCGAUGGCACAUGUGUAUGCGAAGCCUACUAAACAGGCAGAAAAAGCUUGAAAAGGUAAUGGAUGAAGAGGGAUUGCCAGACGAAGAGAAAGUGACGCGUCGCUCUCAACAUGCCCGUAAGGAGACUGAGUUCCUUCGGCUGAAGAGGACCCGACUGGGCCUUGAUGACUUUGAGUCUCUUAAAGUCAUUGGGAGAGGCGCCUUUGGAGAAGUCCGCUUGGUACAGAAAAAAGACACAGGACAUAUCUACGCUAUGAAAAUUUUGAGAAAAGCAGAUAUGUUGGAGAAGGAGCAGGUGGCUCACAUUCGUGCAGAGAGGGACAUCUUGGUAGAGGCAGAUGGAGCAUGGGUAGUGAAGAUGUUUUACAGCUUUCAGGACAAGAGGAACCUCUACCUAAUCAUGGAAUUUCUACCCGGAGGUGAUAUGAUGACAUUGCUGAUGAAGAAAGACACCCUGUCUGAGGAGGCUACCCAGUUCUACAUUGCAGAGACUGUUUUGGCCAUCGAUUCAAUCCACCAGCUGGGCUUCAUACAUCGAGAUAUCAAACCUGACAACCUGCUCCUGGACUCUCGGGGACAUGUAAAGCUGUCAGAUUUUGGCCUCUGCACAGGACUGAAGAAGGCACACCGCACAGAGUUCUACAGGAACCUCACACAUAACCCACCAAGUGACUUCUCCUUCCAAAACAUGAACUCCAAGAGGAAAGCAGAGACAUGGAAGAAAAACCGGAGACAACUGGCUUACUCCACUGUAGGAACUCCAGACUACAUCGCCCCAGAGGUCUUCAUACAGACUGGAUACAAUAAACUGUGUGACUGGUGGUCCCUGGGAGUCAUUAUGUAUGAAAUGCUUAUAGGGUAUCCCCCGUUCUGCUCUGAGACACCACAAGAGACUUAUAGAAAGGUAAUGAACUGGAAGGAGACUCUUGUCUUCCCACCUGAGGUGCCCAUAUCAGAGAGGGCCAAGGAUUUGAUUCUCAGGUAUUGUAAUGAUGCUGAAAACCGAAUUGGUGCGAUGAGUGUUGAGGAGAUAAAAAGCCAUGCAUUCUUUGAGCCGGUAGACUGGGAGCACAUCAGGGAAAGACCAGCGGCCAUCUCCAUUGAAAUCAAAAGCAUUGACGACACAUCAAACUUUGAUGACUUCCCAGAGUCAGACAUCCUUCAACCAGUUGCCAAUGUUACGGAGCCAGACUUCAAGUCCAAGGAUUGGGUGUUUCUGAACUAUACCUACAAGCGAUUUGAAGGGCUGACUCAACGAGGCACCAUUCCCACCUAUAUGAAUGCAGAGGAGAAACAAACGGAGCUGGUUCAUGCAGGGGGACGCGAGACAUAACGCCUCAUUAGCAGCGUGUCACUGGCAGCGCGUCAUAUCACGCAGUAGGUGCACACCCUCUUAGCAGGGCUAUUUAAUCAGGAUAUCGCUGCACUCUGCUUUGCUAGUGCGACACAGGGUGCUUCUGUUUAAUCUGCUGCCUCCACCUCCCCAGCCUCCACCCUUUGUUCUGUGUUUCCUG